AUGUCACUGUUUUCCCAAGAUGGGCCUCCUACAUCAACAAAUACGCCAUCGAGCCACGCUCUUCAGGCAGACGAGGAGUCGAGUGCGGUCGUUGAAGGAGAAUCCUCUCUGGCGGCCCACUCAGUCUUCGCGACGGAGUUCCUUCAAAAGGUUGUCAGCACCAAGUCACUGCAGGAUUCAAGCCUCGACUUGGGAGAGACGCUGGAAGCGCUAUCUCAAAUCGUCACCGCUCUCCAGCAGCAGCCAGUUGCGGGAGAGAUGACAUAUCCUCAUGCAAAACCGGUACAAAGGCAACGUAUCCAGGGUCUUGAGUUGCCUCCCAUCCAAAAGGCUGUGAACACUAUUCGGGUUGCAAAGAGCCAACGACUCUCUGGAAUGGCAUGGAUCUACGACUUCCUGCCAACUCGCCGAUUUCCAGACCUCUGUCUUAAUGUCUACUUCUCAGAAAACCACUCCGAAUACGACUUCAUCACUGUCAACGGCGGUCUUUACUCACUAUUCACCGACUACGCUGCACAAAUCUCACCAGAAGAUAAGAAAGAAUACCAAGAGUACGCCAGGAUGUGUAGAACAAAUCUGGAGACCAGCUUGUCGAACCUUCCACUUCACUUGCCAGCAUCUGCCGACGUAAUUGUAGCUCUUCUAUUCGGAACAUUCCACGCUGUCGAGAUUUCAAAGCCAUCACUCGCAUGGACGUUGGCAUCAAAAGCCUCGGAAUUAUGUCAGACUUUGGGCUACCACAGAGUGGAGUGCCUCAAGAACACAAAAGAUGACGGGAAACCCAGGGUUCGCGGCAUGCACUGGCACCAAUUCCUCUUCUGGAACGUCUACUAUAUCGACAAGAGCCUAUCACUUCGCUUGGGUCGUGCGUCAACAAUCCCCGACUGGCACAUCACCAUGCCAGAGCCUUCAUUAGAGGAUCCCUUGGAGGACCCUCUACUACCGUACUACGUCCUGUGGAUCCACACUGCCAAGUGCCAGGGAAAGAUCUAUGAGAUGUUGUACAGCCCAGACUCAAUGGCACAGCCUUACCAUGUCCGCCAGACUCGCGUGCAUGAGCUUGUCUCCAUGCUCCAUGACGUGGAAACGCGGACACAAGAGGCGAAUGCCAAAUGGGGUGACAGGGCCCGAGAAAUGGUGGAAGGGGCUUUCGUCGAUUUCUGUCUCAUAUCUGACUCGGUUCUUCGACUGUCAAUGUUGACAAUGGUAUACAGAGCUGCACCACGUGCUGAAGGUUCUCCCACGACUUUCAGCCCUGAGUGCAUCAAGGCCGCUAGAGCAGCUCUUGAGAAACAUCAAGAGACUAUCAUGUUCGCACCAUUCAUACCCUUCAUUGUGCUCUUCUGCCAAGUUAUCGAGACGCAAGAUCAGCAAGACUUGGCUCGCUUACAUGGCUUCAUCCUCUUCCUUCAGGAAGCAAACACUCUCUCCGACGCGGCGCACAAGAUGCAUCGCCUAUUCCAGGUGCUGUACAGCGUUGCUCUCCGGUUUGUCGAAUUCCGAACGUCUACGCCACAGGCGCAACAGACACAGGCGAGCGCUGAGAUGGACGCUUAUCUUGCUGCCCUUGGAUUCCCGGCAAAAGGAGGCAAUGGCGGAAAUCAGCAGGUUCAGCAACAACCGCAGCACCAACAGCAUCAACAUCAGAUGGACUUUUCUCAAAAUGCGACUCAGGCAUCUCAAAUGGCGGGGGGCACUGUGAUGUCAGGUAUGGGAGGAGACACGAUGGACGAAGGGCUGAUGAAGCCUGGGAACCCAAUGAUGUGGAUGACGAAUGCAGCCCAGCUGGAGGACUUUUUGUACAGCAACCAGGCCAUGAUGGACCUGCUUCAGGAGCCCAAUUUUGAGUCGGCCCAACAUCCUUGA